AUGCUAAACUACGAUGAACUUCAUAGGCAAUGUCGAACCCUCGAAAAUUUAUUCGAUGCCAAACUUACCUCAUAUGCCCAAGUGGCGUCAAAUAUCGUCCAUCCUCCACAUGAUUUGGAGGCCGCCCAUUCGGCUGAACGAUGGAAUGACCUCGAAGCAGAACUAGAUGACCUUUCACUCAAGCUUCAAGAAAUCAACGAUCAAUUGGCAACACUAGCCGGCAAUCCCGAACUCCUCUCCCCCUCAAUACUGCGGGCAAUUCAGAGGCAUCGAGAACUGCAGCAGGAUCAUCUACGCGAGCUGAGAAGAACAAAGGCAAAUGUGCAAACCGCUCUCGACCAAGCGAAUCUUCUAUCUGGUGUGCGAAAUGACAUUGAUGCAUACAAGUCUUCUGCAGCAGAUUCUUUGCUUGCCGAGCGGGGCAGAAUUGACAGCUCCCACCGGAUGACGGACGAUAUGUUACAGCAAGCAUACGAAACACGCUCCGAGUUCUCAAGACAGCGGAGCUCUCUAACGAGCAUUCAGGGUCGUAUGCUGCAUGUCAUAAAUACCAUGCCUGGAAUUAAUAACCUGGUAUCCAUGAUAAAGUCUAGACGACGGCGGGAUUCUAUUAUCCUAGGUGUUGUCAUUGGAGUUGGCUUUAUCAUUAUCCUCUCGUACAUUUGGAAUUGA